UCGAUCCCCUCUUCUCGCGGUUUACGAGAAAAGUAGAGAACUGGUGUGGAGAAAUUCCGAUUCUCUCGCUGAUUAUCAACUGCGAGCCCUUGAAAUUCAAAGUAGGCAAGACGACCACAUGUUACAAAAAAGAAAGCGGGCAGUAGAUAGAUGCCUGGGGACCAAGUAAUUUUAUUCUCUUAAACGACGGGUCAUGGAGUCGUGUGAUAGUAUUGUCAGGAGUUACUAUAUCUAUCGAUUUGUAACCCCAAAUUGCCCUAUAAAUUUGAACAAAUUUGCGAGCGUACCACUGUCUGGCUCUUCGUGCGCCGCCUUAUCCUUAACAAGGAGUAGAAGGAGAAGCAGAAGAAGGGAGUUGCCGCCGUCAAUGGAGACGCCACCGGAUGGGUAUAGAAGAAAUGUGGGGAUUUGUCUUGUUAAUUCCUCUAAAAAGAUAUUUACUGCUUUGAGGAUAAACAUCUCGGACACGUGGCAGAUGCCUCAGGGUGGUGCUGGUGAGGGUGAAGACCUAUUGACUGCAGCCAUGAGGGAAUUGAGGGAAGAAACCGGUGUUACUUCAGCUGAAUUUGUUGCAGAGGCGCCCUACUGGCUUACUUAUGAUUUUCCACCGCAAACCAGGGAGAGACUCAGUCGUAGAUGGGGUACCAAUUACAAAGGUCAAACACAGAAGUGGUUUCUUUUCAAGUUCACUGGGAAGGAGGAUGAGAUAAAUCUUCUGGGUGAUGGAAGUGAAACUCCAGAAUUUAAGGACUGGGCAUGGUUGUUGCCGGAAAGAGUAUUGGAGCUUGCUGUGGAUUUCAAGAAGCCAGUCUAUGAACAAGUUAUGAAGGUAUUUGGUCCAUAUCUUCGGGCAGAUGCGGAUGAAGAUAGUGCAGCACAAAAUGAAACCGAGGCCGAAGUGUACGUGGAGUCAACUCCCGUAUGCAAAAUCACUCACUGUGGUUUUACUGCCCGACUCUUUCUGAGAACUAGCAACUGCGUUUCUAGAUGAACUUCUCUAUACUCACAGAAGGGGAUAGGUGCGGCCUUUUGUUUGGGUCCAUGCUCAAUGCAAAAGAAUUUUUCUAGUUCAUUUUGAUGAAUUGAUUUCAUCAGAAAGGCUAUUAUCCAAAAACACUAAUCCCCUGUCGAUAUUAUUGUGUCUUAUUCUUUACAAUAUUGUAAUUAUUAUUUUGCCUCAUGGUCAUUUUAUCUUUUA